AUGUACGCUAUAUUCGAUAAUGCAAAUAAUAAUUGUGAGCGUAAUUUUAUUGUAGAAUAUGCAUCGAAACUUAUAGAAAAGCAGACGUGGAUUAAUAAUCCUCCUAUAAAAAUACUUAAUGCCUUAUGUCAUGUAUAUAAUGAUAAAAAGAAGGGGAAAAUUGAUAGAUCUUAUUGUGAUUACCUGUACUAUUGGAUAGGAGAUAUAAUAUAUAAUAAUAUAGAAUAUAAUAUAAAUUUUACACCUGUUAUUAAUGUUAUUAAUUUUAUACUACAAAAUAAUGAAGGCAGCAGUAUAUGUAAUUAUGAUAAAUAUAAUAUCGAUCGAGAAGAAUUUAUGGACAUUAAGCAACUUUUUGAUUAUUCCAAAGAUUAUAAUGAGUUUAAACGUGUUAUAUCUAAUGGGUCAUGUAGUGCUGAUUAUGCGGAUCUUCUUAAUAAAUAUGCCUUUAUAUAUAGCAAUUUCAAAUUAAAGUGCAGUAAAUUUCCUCAAGAGUCUAAGCAUUGUGAAUAUAUUAAUAAGCUUAUUGAAGGUAAGGAUCCCAUUAUAUUGUCAUGUAAUUCAGGAAAUAAUAAUUAUAGAUAUCCAAAUGAACAAGAACAUCAUAGUAGAGUACUAGAUUCAGGAGUAAUGACAGUGCAAUCAAGAACAUGGGGAAAACGACAAGAAAUAUAUGGAAGUGGGGUACCUACAGGUCAAUAUAAAGAUGCAAAUGUACAAGAUUUAAACCAUGUUUAUUCUGAAUUUCUUCCUUCGCAUAUUAAUGAUACAAAUCAGAGUGCCAUUAUUGAUUUUUUAGCUUCUUCAUCCUCAAAAAAUAUGGUAAUGCCUCCUUUAGUUAUAGGAAUUACAGUUCUCUCUGUUAUACUGUGCAAAGUAAUUGUCUAUAUGAAUAAAAAAAAAUGUAUAUUACAUUAUAUUAUAUAA